CACUUCCUGUCACCUGGACGUUCCAUUUUGUAUUGUAUUGAGGCCAGAAUCUGGCAUAUAAAUACACUGAUUUAGUCGGGCCCGCUGCCAGCUUGAAAUGCGCACAUAGCUUUUGUAUAUCUCGUCUUAUCUCACGCCUCAAAUCCCCAACCGAAGCCGGUUGUUAUUAUUGAACUAUACUAUAUCUGCACUGCUUGUGCCUGGGCCAAUCAAUACCAAUCACGGCAACCCCAUUGGUAAGUUUCUUCGUCCCUAAGCAAAAGAUCAAUCAAUCGGUGUGCGACGGGCGCAACACUUGGUGGGCGCAGCAGGGUGUGCCCGUAUGUGGGAUUGGAUUUCUAUCGCUUUCUGAUAGCAAUGGAUCCAUUCACAGGCGGCGCCUCUAACUCGUGAACCGUGGAUCCGAUAAGCCCAGGGGCUGGUCCAGCACUGUACAGUACCUUAGCUACCUGCAGCUGGAACCGGUAACAGGUACAACCUACAGGCACGGCACGGGCACAUGGAUGGACGGAAUCUUGUUGAUGGGACUUUAGACUGGGAUCGAGGCCAACAAAUGUCUUUAAAUACCAGUCUAUGCCCCUGUCACGGAUAAGUUCCAAUUCGUACUAUAGCUUCCAAUUGCCUUGGUUCUACACUUGUUAUUCGAACUUUGAUACUGAUUGUUUAGUAUUGACCAUUUGUUGGUCGUUCCAGAUCAUCAUCACCGUCUUACAUGAAACCGCAUUUACUUCUAUUAUUUUGUUUCGUCAACUUUCUAUAAUCGCUCCUUCGAGCAUCUAAAUAUCAACAAUGACCGCUGCCGCCAUGCAACAACCUCCCGCUAUUCCUCCCCGUCCGGCUAAGGGCCAGGACAAGAACGAUUCCCUGGGCAAUGUUCCCAAGAUUCCACCUCGUCCUUCAUCGAAACGAUUUGACCGCUCGAUAUCUCCCAAUCCCGAUCGAUUUGCUCCCUCACCUUUCAACGAGGGCAUUCCUCAAAAGAGUCCCAUUUCUGCCCGAUUCAACCCCAACGAUGCUCACCAGGACCCAAUCAACCGCCCAACCAGCGUUUCAAUGCCUUCGAUUGGCCAGGAGGGUGCUGAGUACAGUGCCGUGACCCACGAAGUCAAGCCUGAAGAGGUCCAGGCCGACGAGGACGACAGAGCUGCGUCACCCGAGCAAACACGUACCAUUGCGGAAGACCUCAAGCUUCAUGCGCCCAAGCCCUCCCUGCCAGCUCAAAGCGCCAAGCAGCGUGUCCAGGCUGUUACCCGCACCGACUCCGACAAGGCAGCACAAUUUGGCAUUGGCCGCCCUGGAUCUACACAGGGCAACAAGAAGCAGUCUAGCACCAAUGUGUCGGUCAGUGAUGGCCGUCCUGAGGUGGAGGAUGAGCAUGGCAUUCCCGAAAUCGGCCAGCGCGUGCCCAUGAACCCUCAUCUUGGCGACGUUCAGGCCCCUUCGCCUGGACCUGGGUCCGAGGAAUUCAAGAAGCACCACCAUCGCAAGCACAGCUCUCGCGGUGGACCUCCGGGCAGCUACGGCCUCCACGGCCAUGGUGUUGCACCCUUGGACAAACUCGAGAAGGAAUACUACGAGAAGCACCCUGAAGCCCUUAAGAGGGAACAUCAGACUCCUCUGCAUGACCGUCAAAAUGACUUUGCCAUGAGCAAGGAUGACCUGAACAAGCUGGUCAGAGACACGCGAUCUCGUGGUGCCGGCUUAGGCACAUCUGGUUAUCAGGCUACGCCUACUGAUGAAGUUGGCUUCCAGGCCAGUGAAGAAUAUACUUCCCGCCUCUCUCCCCGACCCGCUUCCACCAAUGAAGGCAAGGUUCAGCCUCUGUCAUUUAAGUCGGAGAUCAUUGGCCCCGAUGGUGAACAUACUGUGCACGUUGACGAUCCUAAGCACCCAGAGUACCGCUCGUAUGGUAACGAAGAUCCUGCUGUACACGACGAGGACCAUGAAUACACCGCACCCAUUUUGGCUGCCGACGAAGUCAAGAAUGAUGAUUCUUCUUACAGCCAGCGUCCUGCUGUUCAUCCUCCCGCUGACCGUCGAGGUAGCGGCGACUUGGAGGAACCAACAAGUCGACCUCUGAGCAGGUCUAGCAGACCCAAGAGCAGACCCACCAGCAUCUAUAAGAACAAUGAUUCUCAAGAAUUUGCUCCCACUUCUCUGGACGACGUGGAAGAAUAUGAGCCUCUUUUCCCUGAAGAGGGUAAGAAGGAAGCUCAGAAGCCAGCACCUGGCAACAAGGCACGACACUAUUUCCCUAGCAAGGACAUUUGGGAGGAUGCCCCGGACAGCGUGCACUUCACUGUUGAGGUUUCGACACCAGACCAGGCGGACCAGGCGGACCAGGCAGAGCAGACAGAGGAGCCGCGACGACGAUCAUCUGCUAUGGAUCGUCCUAAAACCCCAGCUCAUAUCUUUGCUCAGAGACAAGAGGAACUUGCCGAGCAAGAGGCCAGUGGUCCUGUGGAUAUUCAGCCCCCUAAGAACCAUGACAAGCCAAUCUGGUACGAAUCAAAGGAAUCUGAUUCUUUCCUUAACAACAACAAGAGACCUUCCGCUAGUCAACGAUUCCCCAGCAAAGAUAUUUGGGAAGAUGCUCCCGAGAGCCAGCUCUACGAGACUACCAUCUCUGAUACCCCAGAACCCGAGGUUAAGGAGGAACCUAAGGAGGAACUUACGGAGCAGAACAAGCCUUCAAUUCCGGAGCGACCGGCUAGAAAAGCAUCUGAGGAUCGUCCUGCAAUUCCAGAGCGACCCAAGCCCAAGCACACAACAAGCGAUGAGGGCAAAUCAAAACCUCCUGUAUCUGACAAGCCAAAGCCUCAGAUCCCUCCUCGGCCUACAAAAGCCUCAUCAGGAGACUCGACAGAGCCCAAACAGAAGCCUCCCGUGCCUAGCCGACCGGCCGGUAGCAAGAUUGCCGCCCUUCAAGCAGGCUUUAUGAGCGAUCUGAAUAAGCGUCUCAAGUUAGGACCUCAGGCUCCUAAGAAGGAGGAUCCCAAGCCGCAAGAGGAUUUGACUGAAGAGAAGGAGAAGGCCCCGCUUUCGGAUGCUCGCAAAGGCCGAGCCCGGGGCCCACAGCGCCGAGCUCCGGCAAAGAGCCCCGCUGCGGCACCGUCGCCGGCCGUGCAAUCUGCGGGUCCUUCUUUGUCAUUCUCAACUCCCCAGACUCUCUGGUCUAUUGAUCCCGAGGGCUCUCUGUCAGUAUCCGGUGAACGAACUCCUGUUUCUGAACCAGAGCCAGCGGUGGAAAAGACUGAGGAGCCUGUCGCUGAGCCCGUGACUACCCAAGAACCGUUACCGAAGUCUGAGCCUAAUCUGGAGCCCAAGCCGGAGCUCCGAUCAGAGCCUGAAUCUGAAUCAGUUCCAGUGCAUAGGGAUCCGGAACCCGCAGCAGGAAAGCUACCUCAAGAAGCUGAGCCUGAGCUCCCUGCACAGCAACCUGCCGUGGAACCUUCCCCAGAGCCAGCUCCAGAGGCGUCUCUCCAAGAACAUGAGCCUGAGCGUGAACAAGAACCAAUUCAAGUUGAAAAGAGUCUCGUUACGAACACAGCUGGUGAGAGUAUCUUGGAGACCACUGUGGACAAGACGGAGGGAGGUGAUGCAGUUGAGCCUGUUGCCGUGUCUGAUGAAGUUAAGCAGUAAACAAAAGAAUGAUAGUAGACGUGUCGAGGGGGAUAUGGGUAUAUUGUAGAUGGUCGAGCUGGCAACGUAAUCAGAAUUGAGUUUGUUUUCAGCGUUAUGAAACAAAAUGAAUCACAGCGGCACCCCUUAUGGAAUUAUGCUUUAUUCAUUUGUGCUACAUGAAAAAUACACACAGCGUCAUAUGCAGUCUUUUUGUACAAUGCUUACUCUACUUGCGCCCCCAGGCCUUCUCCUGAUCCACGCCCUUCCUUUCUCUUUCAACAAGUCGAUCGAAUUCGUCUUGUGCCUGUUCUUUUGCGACUGCCCUUUCCUCAUCUGAUUUGCUGAACGAAAAACUGUCACUGGAGCUACCAGCAGACCUGGUGCCCCAGCCAGACUGUGAUUCUUGCCGGGAUCCGGUUUGAGAAUGGGCAGCCCAGGUGCGGGACUGGUAAUCAGAUUGCUGGGUCGGACCUUGUGAUUGUUGUCGAAUGCGCUCCCACGCAGAACCAGCAGGAGAAGAUACUGGUUUAUUGCGGGAAGAGGCAGCGAUUGGUGAAGCAUCAUCAUCAUCAUCAUCUAGAACGCUCCAGUCGUCAUUGGGUUGUUGACUCUGUUGCGUCGUGGUCGAGGAUUGGGUCUUGUCCCAGGACUGGGUGGGGGUGGGCUGAUAUCUACUCUCAGGGCUGGUGUUGCUUGAAUCAUUACUGGCCCAAGGGUCGUUCUCAUCACUUUUAUGCACAUCCCUACCUGUAAAAGGUGCUCUUGAGAUGGUUGGGUUGCUCAUUACAUCCUUGACACGCUCGGCAGCAUCUUUGGUGAACUGUUUCAAGCGAGGAUCAUUUGUCAUGGCAGCUUCAGUUCGAAUAAAACUGACAGCCCGGAAUGCGGGCUCAAUCAUGAGCAUUAUGACAGCGGAGUAGGCAGUAAAUCGAAGACAAUGCCAUGUUGCACGAGGGUAAGCUCCACGAAUCUUCUUGUUGGUGAAAAUGCUGGUAGCCUCAUUUGGGUUGAAUCGGCCGCCGAGCUUGGGCUUAUAGAAGGGGAAUUGCCAUGUGCGGCGACCACGAUAGGUCAUGUAUCCAGCGAGUGCGACACUCAGCCACUUUAAGCCGGCGUUGGUGUGGAUGUUAUCGAGGGUGUAUUCGGCAAUGGCUUUUGCUUCCACAUCCUCCAGAUCUCGACCCAGAGUGGCAGCGAAGCCAGAGACUCUGGACGUCGCAACAAGAAGAUUCCAAUCACGACGGUAGCCAAUUACGGAGGCGUAAAACGGGGGAGAGUAUUCUUGAAAGUAUCGAGUGACUUGUUCUUUGACGCGGGGUUCAUAUUGGUUGCGCUGGGCGAGUGCCGACUGGCGCCAUUCUUCCAUAGAGUGCUUGUAGCUUUCGCGGGACUGGGCAGGGCCAGCGCCAUUGGGCUGAGAAUUCAUCGCAAUUGGGAUUCUUGAGGUCGAAAGUACAGUGAAUCAGAGUCUGAGUAAGCGUUGUGAGGUGGUGUUUUCACUGAUUCAUCGGCUCGAGAUCAUCAAAUGACGGACUUGGCGGGACCGAAAAUGGUGACGCUGUGAAGCCUGGUCCACUGACGCACAGGGCCGUUGAUGGUGGAGUCGGG